GGAGCCUACUCCGAGUGGGCGCUGUAGGUUUCAGCCGAGCGUCGCUGUGCUCUCCGGGCUGAGGUCGUCUCAGCAGCCAUGGCGAAAGGCAGAGUCGCCGAAAGAUCGCAGACGGGGGCACUCCACACGACCCCUGUGGGGGACAGGGCAGCGGGGACGCGCGGUCUCAUGACGCCAGGCAGCGGAGACUACUUGAAGGAAAAAGCCUGUGCAGAAGCUGGGUCAGCAAGAAUGUCACUUCUUAUAUUGGUGUCCAUUUUCUUAUCUGCAGCUUUUGUUAUGUUUUUGGUAUAUAAAAAUUUUCCUCAGCUUAGUGAAGAAGAAAGAGUGAAUAUGAAGGUUCCCAGAGAUAUGGAUGAUGCCAAGGCUCUAGGAAAAGUUUUAUCCAAAUAUAAGGACACCUUUUAUGUACAAGUACUUGUAGCUUAUUUUGCUACAUAUAUUUUCUUGCAAACAUUUGCUAUUCCAGGCUCUAUAUUUCUCAGUAUACUCUCAGGGUUUCUUUAUCCCUUUCCGCUAGCCUUAUUUCUUGUUUGUUUGUGUUCUGGACUCGGUGCCUCAUUCUGCUAUAUGCUCUCCUAUUUAGUUGGGAGGCCAGUUGUAUACAAAUACCUAACAGAGAAAGCAGUAAAAUGGUCACAACAGGUUGAGCGUCAUAGAGAACAUCUCAUUAACUACAUUAUAUUUUUGAGAAUAACACCAUUUUUGCCGAAUUGGUUUAUUAAUAUCACAUCCCCUGUGAUAAAUGUGCCAUUGAAAGUUUUUUUUAUUGGCACUUUUCUAGGUGUUGCACCUCCCUCUUUUGUAGCGAUUAAGGCAGGAACAACACUGUACCAGCUUACAACAGCAGGGGAAGCUGUUUCCUGGAACUCAGUAUUUGUUCUAAUGAUUUUGGCUCUUCUUUCUAUUCUGCCAGCCAUCUUCCAAAAAAAACUAAAGCAGAAAUUUGAGUGAGAAAUCAUCUGGGUUUCAGUUUUCCUAUCAUCAUCAUCAUCAUCAUCAUCAUCAUCAUCUCAGGAUUGGCAGGCUUAGGUGUUAAAAUCACCUCUUCAAUAAUUGAAAUGAGUUUGUAAAAUAAAAUUUCCUGUCACACAGUUAAAAUAAUUCAUGUAAGAGGUAAGGGAGAGAAGAAAGUAAAAGUGGAAAUUGAUAUAUUACGAAAAGUACUGUCAGUAGUUAUGAUAGACAUCUUCUAAAUUACUACUCCA